CCUCUCUCUCUCUCUCUCUCUUACCCUAAAACACAUCUCGCGGUGUAACGAAGCAGCUUAAACCCCUCGACGCUCCCACCCAUCCCGGGCCGCAAAUUUUAUCUUCUUGCUCUGUGGAGUUCUCUCGAUCAAAAUCCAAGGAAAGAUCUCAGCCUUUCAGGUACUGGUAUCCUAAUCCUCAAGUUUAGGAGAUAUAAGUUGGAGACUGCUCAAAGCUGUCAGCUAUCCCUCCAUUCUUGACCAUUUGAGGUCUAAUUACACUCAGAGCUAAUAAUGUCCAUGGAUCAGUCACCAAGCCUGCAAAUUUUAGCUCGAGAACCUGAAGGAUUCACAAUUUGGAGAGGACCCCCAUUCAGUAAUGGCCAACCACAUGUCAAUCUUGAGAGAGUUCCCUGUACUUCUGCUGAGUUCAGCGAAAAUGGGUCUAGGCUUAUUGUGAUUAAAAGCGCCUCUACCGUUGUUGUUUAUAAUUGCUCUGGGUUCACUGAGAUAAGAUCCUUUGAGAUUCCUUCUCUCCUUGCUGCUGUGCUGUCUCCAUGUGGAACCUACCUCCAGACAUUCCAGAAAUCCACUACACCACAAGAUAAAAAUGUUGUGUUAUGGGAAAUAGAGACUGCUACUCCUGUUUAUCAACAAUUUCAAAAGAAUAUGUCUAAAACCACAUGGCCAUCAAUUCAAUUUAGUUCUGAUGAAUCUAUUGCCUGCCGGAUGGUCACAAAUGAGAUACAAUUUUUUGAUGCCAAAGAUUUUUCCAAAGGAGUUACUUGCAGGUUAAAAAUACCUGGUGUGGUUGCAGUGAAGCUUUCGAAGGCUCCUGCAUCUCAUAUUGCAGCAUUUGUGGCAGAAUCUAAGAGUAUCCCAGCCAGUGUUCAAAUCUUUUCUUGUAAUAAGGAUGCACAGGCUCAGCCUGUUGCCAGGCGAAGCUUUUUCCGUUGUUCUACUGUGCAAUUUCAUUGGAAUAAUGGCUCUACGGGACUUCUUGUUGUGGCUCACUCUGAUGUGGAUAAAAGCAACCAGAGUUAUUAUGGUGAAUCUAAGUUGAAUUACUUGACAAUUGACGGAACUCAUGAAGGGCUUGUUCCUCUGCGUAAAGAUGGGCCUGUUCAUGAUGUCCAGUGGUCUUCUUCGGGUUCUGAAUUUGCUGUUGUUUAUGGAUUCAUGCCUGCAAAAGCAACAAUUUUUGACAAGAAAUGCAAUCCACUGCUAGAUCUUGGUCAAGGUCCUUAUAACACAAUCAGAUGGAAUCCCAAAGGAAGAUUUAUAUGUUUGGCAGGUUUUGGCAAUUUGCCUGGUGAUAUGGCCUUUUGGGAUUAUUCAGAAAAGAAGUUGCUUGGAACAACGAAGGCAGAAUGUUCUGUGACAAGUGAAUGGUCUCCUGAUGGACACUAUUUCAUGACAGCCACAACAGCACCACGGUUACAAAUAGACAAUGGGAUAAAAAUAUUCCACCACAAUGGCACCCUGUAUUUUAAGAAGAUGUUCAAUAAGUUGUAUCAGGCUGCUUGGAAGCCGGAAGCACCUGAAAAGUUUGGUGAUAUUACCGAUCUUGUGAAGUCUGUCAAUACUUUAAAGAUUGAUGAACCAAAAAAACAAGCACAAGAUCCUAAAUCAUCACAAGCGUCCACUAAGAUCUCUGCAAAUACUGUGCAAAAACCUGCUGCCUAUCGUCCUCCACAUGCUAAGAGUGCUGCUGCAGUUCAAGCAGAGCUCUUUGGGGGGAUUGCUCCUGCAGAAGAAACAAGCAAAAAUGCAUUGCGAAACAAGAAGCGCCGGGAAAAGCAGAGGGAGAAAAAGGCUCAGGAAGCCUCAGCUGCUACUUGUGGUAGUUCAUAGCUCUUAUUAACACAUCAAAUGUGGACUUUGCCCAAUUUAUAGUAAUGGAGGAUGUCAAAUUUAUAGGUACCAUGAAGUACCUUCAGAGAUGUACGCGUGAAUGUAAUAAUUGAUCAGUUGGAAAGCAGAGUUGAUUGCAGCUAUGUAAGAUUUUUGAUAUCCACUUUUCUUGAGCAUGUAGAAGGGUAAGAUAUUGGAAAACUUGCUGUGUCUGAAGAGCAUAUAUGUGAUAUUCUAUA